AUGGUCACCUCUACUACUGUCCAGACGAGAUCUUUGAGCAACACGCCGGUCAACAAUGAGGCAGCCCCUGCGGCAGCCCUUGCUCAUCAUGAGAAAAGGGGCGGGUUGAAGGUGAUAGACGAUAUACUGGCACGACGAGCCAAGGCGGGCAAGCUGGUAGCCGGCAUCGCGGCCGCCUCGAACAGUGACAUGUUCAAAGGCUCUACGGACGACAUGCCCUCGGCCAAGAGGUGGGACGACCACCUCACUCGCGAAAGCCGUGCGCGUGGACCCUGUACCCUGAAACAAGCAGCAAAGCAUCUCAAGCAGCCUGGGAUCAUCUCCUUAGGCGGCGGUCUCCCCUCCAGCCAGGUCUUCCCCUUUGCCUCCUUGUCCAUGACGGUGCCCACCGUGCCCAACUUCCACGAGGCCGACACGUUGACCAGUGGGCAAACCCUCAGCAUCGGAAAGUAUGACGUCCGCGACGAGGUGGCGGACUACGAUCUCUCUAUAGCCCUCAACUAUGGACAGAGCACCGGGUCGGCGCAAAUGAUGCGGUUCCUGACCGAGCAUACCGAGAUCAUCUGCCAACCGCCGUACAAGGACUGGGGCGUGUGCCAGACGGUGGGCAGUACGGGCGCCCUGGAGCAGGCGCUGCGGAUGUUCUGCGACAAGGACAGGAACGACUCCGUUUUGACCGAGGACUUCAGCUUCUCCACGGCCUUGGAGACGAUCCACCCCCUUGGUGUCCAUGUCUUUGGCGCGGCCAUUGACGAUCAAGGGCUGCUGCCAGAGGCCAUGGACGAGAUGCUCACCAAAUGGGACGCGUCGGCCAGGGACGGGGCCAGGAAGCCUCACGUCCUCUACACCGUGCCGUCCGGUCAGAAUCCAACGGGUGCCACCCAGAGCGCUGAGCGUCGAAGGGCUGUCUAUGCCGUGGCGCAGAAGCACGACCUGUUCAUCAUCGAGGACGAGCCGUACUAUUUUCUGCAGAUGAAGACCUACCCCCCGGAGGCGCAGGCUGCGGUCGCCCCGUCCCCGCCCGAGUCUGUCCAAGACUUUGUCGAGUCUCUCCUCCCGACGCUGGUCAGCCUCGACACGGACGGUCGGGUCCUGCGCAUGGACUCCUUCUCCAAGGUGCUCGUGCCCGGCUCCCGACUCGGCUGGAUCGUGGCCUCGGCGCAGAUUGUCGAGCGCUUCCAGCGCCACGCCGAGGUGGCCAACCAAGGGCCAAACGGGUUCUCCCAGGUGAUCCUGCACAAGCUGCUGGAUGAGACGUGGGGCCACGAGGGCUACCUGAAGUGGUUGAUGAAUCUGCGGCUGGAGUACACGGCCAAGAGGAACACCCUCCUGGCGGCGUGCGAGGAGCAUCUGCCGAGGGACCUGGUGCGCUGGACACCGCCAGUCGCCGGCAUGUUUCACCCGGACGCCGGGAAGCGGGAUCUCAAGGCUAUAGAGGAGGAAAUAUUUGACUCGUGCAUCCAGAACGGCGUACUCAUCGCCAGAGGGUCGUGGUUCCAGGCAGAGAAAGAGAAGCCCCUGUCAGGGCUGCACUUCCGUGCGACAUAUGCAUCGGCGAGCGCCGAGAGCAUGAGCGAGGCCACUAGUCGGUUCGCCGCCGCUGUGCGCAAGAGCUUUAGAAAGGCAUAG